AUGAAGAUCUCUGAAGGAGUGCUGGACUUGGGCACGACGGAUUACGCGGUGGCCCUGGACCCAAGCUACACCAUGCUGGAGUUUGACAGCCUCCGAGUUCUCCCAAUGGACACAGAGAUGCUGAGGCCCGAGCCAUCCCCUGUCCCCACGGCUGGGCUGCCCCAAGCCGCUGCGACGCUGUGCUCCAUCUGCGCGGAUAAAGCCACCGGGAAACACUACGGCGCGUCCAGCUGUGAUGGCUGCAAGGGCUUCUUCAGGCGGAGUGUGCGUAAGAACCACGCCUACACAUGCAGGUUCAGCAGGCAGUGUGUGGUGGACAAGGACAAGAGGAAUCAGUGUCGAUACUGCAGACUUCGGAAGUGCUUCAGGGCCGGCAUGAGGAAAGAAGCCGUACAGAACGAACGAGACAAGAUCAGCUGCCGUCGAGAAGCUCAGGGAGUUGGGACUCUGACCAUCAGCAUCCUACUGAAAGCAGAAGAGAGCACACAUCAGUUCUCUGCUCUGACCCUGCCCAUGAGGGAAAUUAUCACGAAGAAGAUCGCUCGCCCAGCCGACGUUUGCGAAUCCAUUAAGCAGCAGCUCCUCCUGCUGGUGGAAUGGGCGAAACGCAUCCCUGAGUUCUGCGAGCUGCCGGUGGAUGACAGGGUCAGUUUGUUACGAUCUCACUCUGCUGAGCACCUCAUCCUGGGUGUGGCUCGUCGUUCGCUACCCUACAACGAUGUAAUCCUGCUCGGAAACGACUUCAUCAUCCCUGUGAACGGUCCAGAGCUGGAGAUGUCCAAAGUGGCAGCACGUGUCUUGGAAGAGCUGGUCAGGCCCUUGAGAGAGCUGGACAUAACCAACACGGAGUUUGCCUGUCUCAGGGCCAUCGUCUUCUUUGCUCCGGACUGCCCAGGGCUGGAGAGUGCUCAGAUGGUGCGCAGGUUGCGUUUCCAGGCCCACAUGUUGCUGGACGAGGUGACGUGCGAGCAGCGCGGCCGGUUUGGGGAACUGCUGCUGCUGCUGCCUCCACUGAAGAGCACCGCCUGGCACAUGGUGGAGCAGCUCCAGCUUGCACGGCUCUUAGGAGAAGCCAGUAUGGACAGCCUGCUACAGGAGAUGCUGUUUGGAGAGUUGGCCACAGGCUCAAACCCAGAAGUGCUCAGUUUCAACCCUUCUGUUGACCCGGUUCUGCAGCGGAACCUACACAUGGAACAUGUGGCACUUCCAAACUUCACCUCCGUCAUCCUCCCUGUCCCAUCCUCUUUAACUGGAGUUCCCCUGCUCACUGUAGAGCCUGGUACUCAGCUCUACACACCGGCUGCAGAAAUGACACUGGAGAUAGACAGCUGUCUCACCAAGCCUGCAGUCCACACAUGUCUCUGA